AUGAAGGCAACGGAGGAUACUGCAGUGAAAUUUGAUCCAAAACCCUUGCAAGUUCCUCAAAGUCGUAUUUACGCAGCUGGAGCAGAUGAUGUCAGUGCUGUGCCUACGAACCGUACUUCACGUCGCAUAGAUUUCACGGAUGAUGGCAAGCUUUUUGAAGGUCACUUCACUCUCCACACAAGGAGUCUAAAGAACAUGAUUCAACUCCUCGUGGACCAGCAGUCAGAACAGCGGGUUAUUAUAAAUGAUCUUCAGGAUCAGGUGAAUACGUUACGACAGCAGGCGACAAAAAUGAAAAAAGUGUCAAGGUUAUCCCCAGCUCACUCUUCCCGUGAUGGUAGUGAUGAUGUGGGAGUAAUUAUGAAGGAACUUGAGGAUCUCCGACACCGUGUUAAGGUGCUUGAUGGUUUUAGGGCUCUUUGGGGUAUUCGAUCUGAGGAGAUUGAGAGUUUGGUAAGUACCUAUGGGGAUCCCGUGGUAACUCCAGAAGAAUAUACUGCAUGUAUUUUAAAUUUACAAGCGUUCCGUGUGAUGAGGAAUGAUACACGAAAUUCUGUUAUUUCCCUUGUUGAUUCCCGAACAUCUGCUCAGGGACGUCCAAUCUCUCCAGAACGGGGCGGGAAAACGCGCCCCACACGUGAUCGCACUGUCCGUGAAACUUCUCGUGGUGCUCGUGAUGAUGACUCUCGGGCACCUCAUGAUGAUGGUAUCCCUGCUGAUCGUGAUGAACCUCGUGGUGCUCGUGAGGUUUCCCGUGAAUCUCGUGGAGCUCGUGCUACUCGUGAGGAAUCCCGUGCUGAGCGUGAUGAAUCUCGUGGGGCUCGUGCUGAUCGUGAUGAAUCCCGUGCUGAGCGUGAGGAAUCUCGUGGAGCUCGUGCUACUCGUGAAGAAUCCCGUGCUGAUCGUGAUGAACAUCAUCGUGGAGCUCGUGCUGAUCGUGAGGAAUAUCAUCGUGGGGCUCGUGCUGGUCGUGAUGAUUCUCGUGGGGCUCGUGCUGGUCGUGAUGAAUCUCGUGGUACUCGUGACCGCCAGGCUCGUGGAGAUGAUUCUCGUGAUGUUCGUGAGGAGGACCCUCGUGAGUCCCAUGAGGGCACUACACACGGUGCGGAGUCCACAGGCGAGACUCUUGGGCAGUUGGCGAGCCGCGUGGAUGCUCUCGAGCGGAAGAUAAGACGAAACAGUUCGGCGGGAUAUUUUGCGCCUCGACAAGCAUCUGCCAGUCCAACGGAAAUGGUGGAUGAACAGGCACGACAGGACUUGGAGGAGCUCGAGCGAUUUGUGGUUCGCCGUUUCAAGGAGUUGGAUCGAAUGUUGGCCAAGCCCCGUGAUAGCUCUCAUAGUGGGGCACAGAGAAGCAGCAGUCAUUCUCCGGGAAGGACGGAAAGAAGUCAUGAGAGAGCUCCUCCGGCGUCGUCAGAGAAUACUAGGAGCAGCAAUGCCAAUAUUAAGAACACCAGCGGGAACACUGAAGUAAGUAAGAAUAAUGACAGUAUUAGUGAAUUGAAACCGCGAAAAGACCGAAAAUCGGCACCUACUACUGGAGGCGCAAUGGUGGAUCAAAUGGCCCGAGACGAUGCUGCUACCGCACUGGACCGUCUGGAUAGUCUAGAAAGGUUUGUUACUAGAAAGAUCAAAGAUUUAUCAGUUGCAAUUGGGAAAGACCUGGGACCUGUUUCUAUACGACCCUCUGGGGAGACUGAAGUUCCUGCUCCUGUGGAGCGCAGACCACAAGGAUCCAUGGUUGAUCAGAUGGCUCGUGAUGACGCUGCCCGCUCUCUUGAAAUGAUUCAGGAACUCGAAGAAGACUUGGGAAAACGUUGGCAAUCACUAGAAGAACGAUUGCGAAUCAUAGGUCGUGUGACUAUGGGUAGAGGGUCAGUUGGUCCAUCUGCUACUGCAUCUUCAAUUGAUCGAAAAGCCCGUGAGGAUGCUUCUAUGUCACUUAUGAGGAUUCAACAACUGGAACGAGAGAUUGUCGGUUUCAGAAGACUUCUUCAGAAACAUAGGUUACUUGAUACUGAAGAAGUAGAAAUCAGUGACACACGAGGUACUGGCGGAGGUGCAUUUCCCAUAUCACCAGCACGACUUUUGCGUCAAACAGCACUUUUAUCACCUGUAGUCACCACUGAUAGGACAGGGGCUCCAGCUGAUGCUGAUCAUGAUGCACGUAUGCAAAUACUUGAACAGGAAGUUGAACAGCGUAUGUCUGAAGUUAAUCGUGCUCUUGCUACACUCCGAUCAGCACAGGGUGAUUCAGGGCAAGGUAAUAUGAGUGGAUUGAAUAGCGUGGUCAAUAAUGGUAGUCCAUUGAUGGCAGGCCAAGUGGUUUUUAACUCUAGUGAUACUGAAGCGUCUAGAUUUCAGGGUAUUGGUAUUCCAUAUUCUUCAUCUACAACCUUAGAAGGUGGUGUUCUGAUUGUUACCUCUCGUGAAUCCCCAUCACGAACCCCUGUAAAAGUUAUAGAAGGAGCUCAACCUGAUAUGUUUCAGUUGCGUCCUCCACAGCUAGGAGCAUUAGGUGCUCCUUUGGUAACACGAGACAUGCAGCAAGGAGGGAUGUCAGCUACACCACCUAAUGUGCUAUCCUUUACAACUGGGACUAUGAAGAGUGAGAGUCCAAUGGAUAACAGAGUGCAAAAUAGUGUUAGUGCAGCAGAAGUAGCAAUGCCAACGACAGGGGGAACAUCUGGUGAAAAUGUUCUUUCUGCCUCACGAGAACUUAGUUCAAAUUCUUUGACAGCUGAUGCUUCGAAAAAUGUUCCUGCUGUUGCUGCAUCUUCUCUUGAAUCUCAAACACUGAGAAAUAUAAAGUUGUCUAUGGGCGAAGAUGGACAAGCAAUUCGUAGAGAUCGCAAUGGAGAGCUUAACCAAUUGCGAUCACACGGCACACGUUUGCGUGGUAUUAGUUUGAGUUCUCGUGGAAGGACUGAAAAUGGUUUCUCUACAGAGCCAAGUGCGCUGGGACACACUACACCCUGUGUUGUCUACAACUGCGCAUGGUGUGCUGCACAAAAGCGAACCAUAUCAGCAAGGUCACCACGAUCUUUACGCUAG